CAUUGGAGAUAUUAGUUAGGGUAUUUGAAGAUUCUUUUGACUUAAACAUUGUGGUUUGUAGAUUUUCAAACAAUAAUGAUGAAGGAAAUAUUACUAAUAAUUUGCAUCUUAGCAUCAAUAAAACCAUCUAAAUCGCUAAUCAUCGAAUGUUCUUUUAUCAAACACACAUAUUCGCAUUUGAAAGAUGUUUCAUGCUGCCAUGUAGUCAACAAUCUUAACAUAAUAACUCAAGAAAAAGCAAUUGUCACUUCAAAUACGAAUGAUAGCAUAAGAACCGACACAGUAGGAUUUCGUAUUUUUAACAUAUCUACUAGAUAUUUUCCUCAAGGUUUAGAUAGGAUGUUUAACAAUCUUAAAGUGAUUGAAAUUUCUUUUGGUCAAUUAAAGGAAAUUCAUCAGACAGACUUAAAACCAUUUAUGUUGUUGGAAGUAAUUUAUUUUUAUUCGAAUGAUAUUGAAGUACUUGAAAGUGGUCUUUUUGAUGAUAACAAAAGUUUAAGGUAUAUUUUAUUUACAAAAAAUAAACUUGCUCAUAUUGAUGGAAAUGUAUUUGAAAAAUUGCUUCACUUAACAAAUUUAUAUUUGAAUGGCAAUGAGUGCAUUGAUAAAUUCACAGAAAUUAAUUCAACAGCACUUCAACAAAUUAGGAAAACUAUAAAAAAUCAAUGUCAAAAUGCAGAAUUCAUAAGCAUAAACAGAAAUCUAACAAUUCUUGAGGAAAAAGCUGGAAAUCUUAAAAUUGAAGAAUAUCCAGCAUUUUAUAAGAAUCUUACAAAUCUCGAAGAUUCAAGAUUCUUUCAAUAUUCUACAAUAAAGAAAAGGACAAAAGCUUUGAUAAAUUGGAAUAUUUUGAUGCUAUGGAAUAAUGUAAUUAAACUCAAUGAUCUUAUUGCAAAGAAUAAUACUACAGUCAUAGAAAGAUUGAAUGAAAUGAAGGAUAGUCAAUACUUCUAUGAACAUAACAUAACAAAAGUCAUUGAACAAGCAAAAGCAAAACAAUUUAUAGUUCAAAAUAAAUCAUUACAUUUAGAAGAAACAAGCAUUCUAGAAGAAUUAAGGCUCAACUUGAGUAAAAUAACAGUAGUUCAGAAUAGACAAGUUUUAAAAGGAACAAUUUCUAGUUUCACAUGGGAACCAUUUUGGAUAGGUGUAUGCAGUGUAUUAGUACUGAUUCUAAUAAUAGUUUUGAUUAAGAAUUAUGUUGCUCAUGAUCAAAUUUUUAGUUAUUCAAUUUCUGAAUUUAAACGAUACAACCAUGAAGGAAAUAGAGUAUCUUAUCUUUAGCGUGUUUAAAUUUCUUUUAUAAGUAUCAUUUAUAAUAAAGUUUUUCUUCUAUUAUUUAAUCAAUAAUAAUUAUUAAUUUUUAAUGUAUGCAUGUUUAAAGAUUGCUAAUAUAAUUUUUGAAAGAAUUACAACUGUAGCAACAAGCACCAGGAACAAGGAACUGGUAGUAAAUACAAUAAAUGCAGAACUGUCAAUAUCAGUUCCUGGUUCCUGGUACUUGUUGCUACACAACAAGUGAUGAUAGAUUUUAGAUAUCUACAAAAAUAUUACAAAUUUUGUUAAACAUAAAACAAACUUAAAUUUAAACAAAAUAAAUAUUAUCUCGCCAUGAAUGUACAGUUGAAUAAAAU